AAAAAAGAAUUGUUUUGGCUACACUGGUUAGCGUCGGCGUGUAAUUGCCGUGGCGGAAAGUGGACAAUUUGCUUCAGCAAAUUGACUCCGUCGCAGAGACAAGAAUGGUGUACUACGGCAGAAUUACCCCGUCGCAUAAAUCAUAUUUUUAUACGACGGCAGAACUUCCCCGUCGAAUAAAUCAUAAUUGUACACUACAGCAAAACUACCCCGUCACAUUUUUUGAUAUCAAUUGCUACCCCAAGUCUCUGCCGUCGGGUUCUAAACUCUAUGUUAGAUUGCAAAAGAGAAUCAAAUCAUAAACAGAAAAAUAGUCGAGCAGUUUUUCUUUGGGUGACGCCUUCUCUGUUGAAUUUCUGCUCUCUACGUGCUUCUUUCUUUCUUUCAUCAGAUCUAUGAUCGAUGAACUAUCUAGCGUUUGGGUACUCGAAUCCAAAAGUCCCAACUACAUCUUCUUUCUCUGUAGUCUCUUGGUCACCCAUUCGUUCAACCCUAGAUCUCGUCGUUUCAAUGAAAUCGUUCACAGUUCGAGGCUCGUCUCUGAGAUGCUUCACGAGCAUUUGUUUCUGGAAACGUUACAGAAACCCAAGGGAGAUCCCAUGGGGUCAGUUUGGUGCCGAUAUUGUUGUGGAGUCUACUGGAGUGUUCACUGACAAGGACAAAGCCACUGCGCACUUGAAGGAGACAGCUUAUGAAACGAGGCAGAAGUCCGUACAAGAAAUGAAAAAUAUGUACUUGAAUAGUUAGUAAUUCAGUUGUUGUUAGACAUGUGGAGAAAGAAAAUAUAUUGGAAUUCUAAUCCAAUUUGAUUUUGUAGUGACUGCAGGUUAUGUGUGUCAAGGAUAGUUUUGGUUGUUUUGGCCGAAUUAACACAAGAUAUGUUUCUAAGGGCCUUCUAAUGCCUAGAUCGUAAUGUUUAUUGGUAUCUUAACUAAGGUGAGCUGUGGUUUUUUAAAUGAAAUUUUGAGGCAUAACUUUUACAUAAUCAUAUACUGCUAGAAGUCCUAGUACUAUGUAACUUAUACAUAGACAUGAAGCUAUUGUUAGGACAACCUUUCUGUUUUGCCUAUAGUUGAUAUCAAGACAACUUAACUUUUUAGCACCUCUCAUUCUUCAUGAACUUGACACGGGGACAUGGUAUCUAGUUUCACCAUACUGAUUACUAUAAUUCUUCUUUGACAGGUGCUUGUGCCUUAUGAAGUUUUUAUUUCAGCUCAGGACCGACAAGGUUAAUAUUGAACUCUAGAUGUUAAACAUAUAUGUUUUUUGGUCUCUUGUAUCUGUUUCAGACUGUAGCCUGCUAUAUAUUUAGAAGCUACACUUUCAGUUUCUUAAGUAAAAGUUGCUUUAAGGUUUGCUAGUAGAUUAUGAUUAUAUGUCUGCAAUAGGACCCCAAAUCAUUAGCUGUAGCUUAUGUUAUAGAUAAUGUUUGUGCAACUAUGUGGUUUAACUGCUAUAUAUGCUAGCUUCCAGUACUGUGAUGUAAAUUAGGUGUUGGUGGAGGUUCUUGAGCUCAUGUUCUUUUAAUUGUGUUUAUAGGAUCUAUCUCAAGCAGAGUAAGUGACUCCUAUGAUAUGGUUAUGAUUUCCAAGAUAAUUUUAAAUCAGUUUGCUUAUUGUGUUAUUAUUCUGUUUUCAGUUUAUCUUUGCAUAUUUCUUUGCUGAAUAAAGGAGUGGACAGAUAUUGUGCAGGUUUAAAUCAUCCAUUAUGUUUCACAGCAUCUUCAAGUUCUUGGGAGGUCCCGGCAAGGCUUAUCUUGAAGUAUAGGGAAAAAAAACUACCUUGUAUUAUCUUGUAAACUCAUGUAUAAGAGCUUCAUUUCCUUUGUGACAUUCAUGAGAAAAAUUAACAUGUAACAUUUCCUUUUCAAUAUGCUUAAUUUCAUUUUGUACA